AUGACUGCUUCAGAGGGCUUGCUGAUGGAUGGCAUCGCAGCGAGAGUGCUUGAGCAUCCUACAGCAGGCCGUCACUUGGGGGCUGCGUGGCCUCUUUGGCGUGCGGGGAAAGGUGGCCCCUGGAGACUGUUGCUCCCCUCCGGGACGGAGCACCAUGUGCUGGAUGCCGUUUCGAUGGGCUUUCUCAUGAUGCUUGCUUUGUGGGAGAAGGAUGUUGCGGCCGAUCAGACCUUGCUCUUGGCCAUGAUGAGCUCGCUCACUCUGCGUCUGCCGCUUCUGCAAGUGGAGACUCCGUGGACACGCGUGGACGUAGGUUUCGAGGCCUUCCUGCACCGAAGAUACCACAAAGUUGUCCGGCUGAUGGACUUCAUGGCAGCCACGGGGACUUGCAGUGCCAAAGGGGUGGUCGAGGCCUGUGAAGCCUUCGCCUCCAGUGGCCAGCGCCAGUGGCUCAAAGUGGCCGGCGAGGCAAAGGCCCAGGUCAUCGAUGCGUCUCUGGCUUUGCGACGUGCACCAGAGAGGGCCAUCGUGGCCGAGUUCGGAUCCUUUGUUGGCUACUCCUGCGUGCGAAUGGCUUGGCGUGCAGGAUGCCACCACGUCGUGUCGCUGGAGUCCGAUGCGGUGCAUGUGCUGGUAGCUCGACAUGUUGUCGCUCUUGCCGGGCUUUCCCACUGCGUGGAGAUCAUGCCGGGGAUGGCCCACGAUGCGCUGGAUCGGUUGGUUGAGGACUGGGGUGCAGGUGGUACGGACUUUGCAUUUUUCGACCACCGCGGCACACGGUUCCACUUGGACAUGGUCCACUUGCAGCGUACGGAGGCACUGCGAGGCCGCAUCCUCGCGGACAACACUCUGAAGCCUGGGGCGCCCGAAUUUUUGUGGCUGCUUUGCAAGGGCUCGGCGGGCUCGGGCUCGAACGGAGUCGCCUUGUGGUCACUCCCCGAGUUUCUGACUGAGACAUGCGAGGGUGAGGACGACGAGAUGGAGGAGGACGAAGAGGAAGAGGAAGAGGAAGAGGAAGAGGAAGAGGAAGAGGAAUGCGAAGAUGAUGCACUUGCAGAGGACGUUGCAUCGGCUCUGCCAUCGGCUUCCACUCCUCGCAGGUCCGCGUUGCGAAAAUCAACUCUGGCUGGCACAGUGAAGGCUGAUGCAGGAGAUGAGGAGGAGGAGGAGCAGGACGACGAAGCCGAAGAGGAGGAGGAGGCAGACGAGGAUGAGGAGGUCGAACCUGUCAGACCCGCAAAAGCCGAAGCGAAAGCCAAACCAGGGCGCCGGAGGAUGCAGGAUGAGCAGUAUUCCCUCACGAGAGGAGUGGACUUGCAAGGAGUGACCACUGUCCUGAACGCGGAUGUGCCUACGUCGGUGCGGGACUACGUGCACCGGGUGGGGCGCUGUGCCCGGGGUGGCCAAAGCGGCACUGCGCUGACGAUCUGCACGCAUGAGGAGCAGCCGAUGCUUCAGAAGAUCAUUCAGGCACAGAGCCGUACCGGCACAGGGCUCCAGGCCCUGCCUAUGCAGAUCUCCGAUGCCGAGCGCUUCCGCUACCGUGUUGAAGACAUGGCAAGGGGCCUCACCAAGAAGGCCAUAUCCAAGUAUCGUGCACGGGAGCUACAGAUGGAGGCCUUGCAUUCCGAGAAGCUAAAGGCAUACUUCGAAGAGCAUCCAGAUGACAAGAGAGCCUUACAGAGGAUGCAGCGAGCACUUCGCGAGCGAAAGUCUGUGAGGCAGCAUUUAAAAAGUAUCCCUUCCUACCUUGUGCCGGAAGCCUUCCAGAAAGCAACGCCUGUUCAGAAGGCCGUCCGGGAGGCCAAUGCAAGCGCAGGAAAGCCGACGAGCGCAGUCCGGCGGAAGCGCUUGAUAAAGGCCAAGCAGCAGGAUCCUCUGAAGAGCUUCGAUACUCCGGGCGUUGAGAAGCGACGCGGAUUCCUGAGCAAGUGCAAGACGAAGAUGUGA